AUGACAACCUGGUUCUUGUGUAGGGCCCUUUUGACGCCCCGCAGACGGCUUCCUCCUGUAGGCAUCAAGCAGCCCAACCGCUCCCCGGUGGAGAAGCUCUCCGACCUCGGGGAGCCUCUCACGGCGAGGGACCGCAACAGCCGGACCCUCUCCAUGACCGGCGCCACAGGAGCCACCAGCUACAUGGAGCUCCCUGCGCUGGACCCGGAGGAGCUGGCGGCGGACGUGGCCAAGGAGACGAGCAAAAAGCUGUGGAUGGAGCCUUUGACGUACACCGAGAAGGUGAAGGUGAGCCUGGCGCGGGCUCUGAUCAUGAACCCGGACCUCCUGGUGCUGCAUCGGCCCUUCCACCACUUCGACCUCGCUACGGCGGACGAUGUCCUCGCCGUGCCUCGCGAUGAUGGGCAUUUGGGGGAAGGCCCCAGGUUUUCCCCUAGGCUUUGCCCCCAAAAGGUUGUUCGGUUUCCAAGUCGCAAGAAUCUACCGAAGAUGGCUCCUGUUUUGUGUGUGUGUGUUUUUUGGACCCGUUCACUGUUCGAAACGGGUUGCCGGGUUGUCUAUUACCACAAAACAACUGUUUGCAAACGAUCAAACGGUUCCUUGCACCAGCCGGUAAAUUGUGCGAAGAGUCCAUUUUAG